AUGUCACCCUUUAAAAGAGCUCAAUCAUUCCCGACCGCGGCGCCAUCUGUAUACCAUCCCCUUCCCAACGUCGCGAGACAGCCCAAAGGUUGUGUACAGGUUGCAAUACAACGACGGCCGAACUCAGCGAAGCCUUUCAAAUUCACCUGCCAAUCUUCGGACCACGUCCUGACCCCUCAUUACCUCGGCCUUCCUUCACAUCUUCCUCACCAAGAUCACACAUGUCCUCCAUGUCAAUUGCAAGAGAUGCGGGUCAAAGGCGAGCAGGAUGUGGUCAGACAGGCAAGAUCACAAUAUCCGAAGUUGACGGUGGAAAUGCUUAUUCGAGAUGGCACCAUCAAAGAGUUCCAGGAGAAGCCUACGUGGGACCAAUAUGUCGACGAGAAGGUAACCGAAGAACGAGAGUGCUGGCACCACGUUACAAGGAAAUGGACGCAGGAUCUCAAGAAAUGUCGGGUCCUCGUCGCUGAAGAAGAUGGACUUGGCCUAUUCGCUUGA